AUGUCCACGUACAUUUGCCAGAGAUCCGUCGGAAGGCUGGGCUCGUUGGACACACCGGACACCACUUCGACACCUCGACACCACACCUGGCAGGGCAGCUUCGAGUCGGCGAAGCGGCUCAAGAUCGUGGGCCACGGAGGUCGUUGGCCCUUGGCCUUUGAACUCCUUGCAGCGCUGCAAAACGAGGCUUUGGAAUGCGGCCGAUUCCAGUACGGUCCUGUGCUCUCCACCGCAGCCAAGGCAUCGGCAUGGACAAGAUCGAUGGUUUUGCUCCAGAUCGCCGGGGAUAUUGCAGCCUACACUGCAACGAUACUGGCAUUGGAGAAAUCCUCGCAUUGGUCGAUCGGCCUCGAGCAGUGGCAGGAGAUGGCAAUGCGCCGCACGGCAGACCUCAAGGCUUGGACGGCAGCGACAAAGUCUGCCGGACAGUGGGAGAAGGCGCUGGCCAUGUCGAUGGCCAUGGCACCCGGCGUAGAACCAGAUGCAGCGUAUUCGGUGGUUUUGCUUAGUGCCUUGGGAAACUGGAAAGUUCUCCUUGCCAAGUUGCAGGCCGAUGGUCAGCAUGGUUUGGAUGUCCAAAAUCCCAGAACUCUAAGCAGCGUCGCCUGUGGCGAGUGGAGAAGGUCGUUGGAUUUAGGAGUCCUUGAUGCAAAAGCGCCGGCAAACAUCGUCGUAUACAACGCCAUAGCGUCUCGAAGUGAUUGGUGUGUGGCACUGAAGGUCUUGGCCUUGGCCAACGAUCGGCAGCUGCGAUGUGAUGCUGUGGGGUACUGCUCUGCAAUGUCUGUGAGCACCUCCGGCGGUCGGUGGCCAGUGGCUUUGUGGCUCUUUUCGCAGUGGGAAGCACCUGAUGAAGCCUUGAUGGAUGCUGCCUUACAGGCGCGAUCAUGA